GCAAUCAUGUAACUUUAAUUUAUUUUCUAAUUUCUUAAAUUGUAUAUAUGCACUGAUUUUUGCCUUAUUCCAAUUUAAUGAUAGGUACUUCUACAACAUAUGCACCUCAACAGGAAAAAAUGGUUUACAUGGAUUCUUGUGUCCUGCGACUGUGCAAAAGGCCUACAACACACCGGAUGAGAUGAUAAGAUAUGUGGGCAAUACUAUUGGAGAGAAGAAAUUGCUGUGUUAUCUAACACCAAUUAUUGAAGGGCAGUUUUCACUGGGCACUGUGUGUUGUUUGCCCCAUGGACAACAUCAUCUACUGGUUUGAUUCCUUAGGUCAUGGCCCAAGCACUGAGAUGAAAAUCAUCUUCAACAUGGCUCUAAAGACAUAUUAUCCUAUGGGUGAGAAGCACAAUAGUAAAAAUGGCCAGACGAUUUGGAUCCAACCGAAAUGCCCUCAACAACCAGGGAAUAAAGAAUGCGGAUACUAUGUUAUCCGUUACAUGUAUGAAAUUAUUCAAAAUGGAUCUACUAGCAAAUUUGAAGAAGUAAUUUGCAGAUUUUUUAUAACAAGGACUUCUAUACUAUUGAAGACAUUGAUUUUAUCCGAGAUCUUUUGGCAAAACAACUUCUUCAAGAGUUUUGUUCUCAAAGUGAGAAUUGAGCUUGAUACAAUGCCCGGAUGCUACAUUGGGUUAUGAAACAUAGGAUUACGGCUGGGCUUGGAG